UUAAGUGUCAUCAUCUAUCAUUUACUUGGAUAUCCUAUUGCUAGCCAAUUUUUAUUCAUUUCAUAUGAAGUUUCCCCAGACAAAUUCGAUAAAGGCGUGGGUGAUGCUUAUUUCGUAUUCUUCUGGACAAUCAUGUUUACUUUUCUUCGUGCAUCCUUUAUCAAAUACGGUUAUCUUCCCCUUGCCAAUUAUUUCAACAUUGCCGAUCCUUCCAAAAGACAACGAGUAGCUGAACAAAUUUAUAUUUUCGCUUAUUACGUGGUGUUUGGUGCUGCUGGCUUGUACGUUAUGUAUUGCAACCCUCAUUGGCUCAACACUUCCCAAUACUGGAUUGAUUAUCCUCACAUCCUUAUUUCUCGAGACAUGAAAUAUUAUUACUUGAUGCAACUUGCUUUCUGGUUCCAACAAAUUUAUGGUCUUCACACCGAAAAGCGUAGAAAGGAUCAUAUUGCGAUGCUCAGUCAUCACAUCAUUACCAUCUGGCUUGUUGGAUCAAGUUACUAUGUCAACCUCACUCGUGUUGGUAAUGGUGUUCUUUGUUGUAUGGAUCUUUGUGAUAUCUUUUUAUCUCUCGCCAAAAUCUUGAAAUACCUUGGAUUCACCAAUGUAUGUGAUAUUGCUUUUGGUCUUUUCGCUGUAGCAUGGCCCAUCACACGUCAUGUUUUCUUCUCAAUUGUCACCUGGAGUGUUGCAGUUGAACCUGCUCGUUAUUUUUCAUUGGAUUGGAACCCUGCCGAGGGAAAGUAUUUCACACCCAACGUUCAAAAGAUGUUUGUUACUUCGUUAGUUUUAUUGAAUAUCAUCAUGUUCUAUUGGUUCAUGAUGAUUGUAAAGGUUAUUACAAGGUUGUUCACAGGAAGUGGUACCGAUGAUCCUCGUAGUGAUGACGAAGAUGAAAAUGAUGGUGAUGAAUUAAAAAGAAAACCAAAGGCUAGGUAUGUCUCACAAAUCCCCCCCUUUUUUUCUGUUACUAGUCAAACUAAUCUCUCUCUUUUUCUAAAGUAG